UGGCUUCGUUAUCUUUUCUCCUCACGUAGCGGAGCUUCGUCAACUGUCAACACGGAUUGUGGACGAAAGAAACCUGCGCCACUUUUCUCCCCCACUGAAAAAAAAUGACACAAGGGGCGACACUUCAUUUACCCACAAUUUCCCCGGAAUAAAACUUUGUAUUUGACUUUUUUUCUGACUGUGGUUAACGUCAGGGUUUUGGACGGAGGGAUGCCGGUGGAGAGCGGGAGCAGCGCCGCCGCCCGCCAGGCCAAGCAGAAGAGGAAGUCUCACAGCCUGUCGAUCCGCAGGACCAACAGCACCGAGCAGGAUCGCUCCGGCCUGCAGAGAGACAUGCUGGAGGGACAGGACUCCAAACUGCCUCUGUCUCUGAGGAGCAAUCUAAUGGACAUGUUCAGUCAGAUCGAGAGGGAGUUUGAAAACCUCUACAUAGAAAACCUGGAAUUACGCAGAGAAAUCGAAACGCUCAACGACCGUUUGGCUGCAGAAGGACAGACUUUCGAAGGGGCAGAUUUAGCCAAAGGAGCCCUGAAAACAAAAGCGAGUCAUAGCACCAGCCAGCUGUCACAAAAACUAAAGACGACCUACAAGGCUUCCACAAGCAAGAUCGUCUCCAGUUUCAAAGCAACCACGUCCAGAGCCGUGUGCCAGCUGGUGAAGGAGUAUGUCGGCCACAGAGACGGCAUCUGGGACCUGAGCGUCACCAGGACACAACCUGUGGUGCUCGGUACUGCGUCUGCAGACCACACUGCGAUGCUGUGGAGCAUUGAGACGGGAAAGUGCCUCCUCAAAUAUUUGGGCCAUCAAGGAUCAGUUAACUCCAUCAAGUUCCACCCCACUGAACAGAUGGCUCUAACAGCCUCUGGAGACCAGACAGCUCACAUCUGGAGAUACAUGGUGCAGCUGCCUACUCCACAGCCUGUUGCUGAUAUCAGUCAGACUCCCUGCGAAGACGACGUGGACUUCUCGGAUAAAGACGAGGCCGAUGGCGAGAUCGAGGGUCCAAACGACUGUCCUUCUAUCCGCGUGGCGACCACGACUCUGCGCAGCCAUCAGGGCGUGGUGAUCGCUGCCGAUUGGCUGGUAGGAGGCAAACAGGUUGUGACGGCCUCUUGGGACCGAGCCGCUAACCUGUAUGACGUGGAGACCUCAGAGCUGGUCCACUCACUCACUGGCCAUGACCAGGAGCUGACCCACUGCUGCACACAUCCCACCCAGCGUCUGGUGGUCACCUCAUCCAGAGACACCACCUUCAGACUGUGGGACUUCAGAGACCCGUCCAUCCACUCUGUCAACGUGUUCCAGGGACACACAGACACGGUGACGUCUGCUGUGUUCACGGUGGGAGACAACGUGGUGUCUGGGAGCGACGAUCGAACCGUCAAAGUGUGGGACCUGAAGAACAUGAGGUCGCCCAUAGCAACCAUCCGCACAGACUCCGCCGUCAACAGGAUCAGCGUGUCGGUGAACCAGAGAAUCAUCGCCCUUCCUCACGACAAUCGGCAGGUCCGGCUGUUCGACAUGUCCGGGGUGCGACUGGCUCGGCUCCCACGAAGCAACAGACAGGGUCACCGGCGUAUGGUGUGCUGCUCCGCCUGGUGUGAAGACAACGCCUCCUGCAACCUGUUCACCUGCGGCUUCGACCGGCAGGCCAUCGGCUGGAACAUCAACAUCCCCGCCCUGCUGCAGGAGAAAUGACCUCCACCUCCUCCCGCUGUCUCCUCACAGUGAAACUCCACCCAAAAGUCUGUCUCUGGAGCAUCAAACACUCACAUCCUGCAGGCUUAAAAGACGGCGUUAAAAAAAGGGUUUCAUGCUUCUUUUUGUCUGUGAACACUUUGUCACAUGUUGUUGUAACCGAUAUAAGAUCACUUUGACUUUUAACAGCCGUCUUUUGAGUCUACAGGAGGUCAGUAUUUGACGGGUCUGUCCUCCCCCAGACUUGAGGGGCAGGAAAAGAAAAAGGACUUGUGCUCGCUGCCUGAACCUGUCACGCUGUCUAACUCACCACGCCAAUAAACACACAACACAUUUGUGUGGUGGGGUUUAAGCGAUUCCUCGCCAUCCAAAAAAAAAAAAAAAAGUACCACUGAUGAAAAAAAGCACAAAGACGUAACACGGGAGGUUCUUCUUCGUCGUCUUGGUUGAAAACUAAAAUGCAUUUUGCUGACACUGAAGUUAGAUAAGUGAGCACAUAUCUGCUUAAAGCUACAAUAGAGGAAAUAUAAUCUGUGCCACUAACAGCAGAUUAUUGUUUGGACCAGGGUGGCAGUCUGAUGCUGAGUUAUUGGCAACUCGAGAAAGAAGCCCUCACUCUUACUCUGAGGAACUGACCCUAAAAUCUGCUUCUGGAAAUAACUUGACAAGACAUGCAGUGUCUAAAUUGGGUUUGGAUAGUUUUGGUGAGCUUGUUGUUUUUAAAAGUGGAUUUUCCCUUGAUUCCAAAAUGUUUUGGCUUCACAUCUGUAAUACACAUAAUACUGUUACAAUCACUUUAUCAGAGUAGGAGUUUUUUUUUUUUUUUUUAAAUCACAUUUCGGAACAAAGCUCUCGUCUUAUUCGGUCCCUCCAGGAAUAUGUGAUCACAACAAUUCAACCAGUCCCUGUGAGUUCUGCACGCCGUUGCAGUUUUGUCCAUAACCGCAACUUUUCCCAAAAAGCUGACCUAUUAUUGUAGUUUCCUGUCAUCUGUCACCAAACUCGCUUCCUGGUUUGUAGUUGUGACCAUGCAGACGUACGACGCAAGGUCUCACAUUUACCCUCAUAAUCCUGAUGAAGCCUUUUUGGUUUCUUGGAGCAUUUCGAGAGUUCUUACCUGAAAAUCACUGGAACAACUUAACCUUAAUUUUUAACAAAUUAUACAAAAACAAAUCACAACUAAUUGCAAUUAUAUAGAAAAUCUGCAGUGAAAUCAGACAUUUGAGGCUGCAACAAUCCCCAAAAAAAGCCCAGGAAACCCUGGAGGGACUGCUUGUUUGUCACAGCUCGAUAUGGAGUCUGUGUGUGAUACAGUAAUGCACUUUUUCUGAGCAUUAAUACCAAUAGCUGUUACCUUUGCAGUUUCUGUAAAUAUCCAAGCACAGCUAUACUUUGGCACGUAACCCAAAGGGCUUUCAUGGUCCUAUUCUGUAGUAAAAACUAAGGUGGCUGAUAAAGGAACUGAAAUUGGCUGAUUUCUCUUCUGUGCUGACCUAAAAGAAACUAUGAGUAAAACACUUCCUGUGCUGGCUGUGGUGCUUCGUUAGGACUAGAAUGGUUUCUCUCCAGUGUGGAUACGCUUGUACUGCUGGUAUGUUGUUGGAAACAGUAGUGUCGUAGUGAUAUCACUAUUCUGGGCGGCUUUCAGACUGAACCUGAACAUUCAGUCACUCAGAGACACUAUAUGUGACAUUUUUACUACUAUUUCCAAUCUACAUUUUCAAAUGUUAGUUAAUUCCACAACAAAUAAAUCACUGUUAAAACAUAAGUUAAUUAUAACUUACUAGAUAAAUCAAAGUGAAGAUGUAUUAAAUGGUUCAUCUUGACUUCCUUUAGGUACCUUUACUGACUUAAAACACAAGAAAACUAAACAACCACUCAAAACUUUCAUCUUUACAGGAAUGAAGAAAUCCUGCGUUAUUUUUAAUCUGAUUUGUGAUUAAAUUAUUUAACACAUUUUGCAAACUUUUGAGUGAUUUAAAUGUUUGUGUUCUGGUUAAAAGCCGACCAUGAUAUAGAUAGUGGGGGGGCUUUGGUCAAAUGAGGUGCAAGCUACUGAAUUUGAACGAGUAUGGCUUCUCUCUAGUGCGGAUGGGUUUUCUCCCAGCAUUGACACUGGUUGUGACCUCUCUUCAGUUUGGAUAUGUUAAUAAUAAUAAUAUUAAUAAUGAAAAUGAUGAUAAUCUUUAUUUAUAUAGCACUUUUCAAAACAAGUUUACAAAGUGCUUCAAAAUACACGGUGCAAUUACAAAUUAGAAUAAGUUCAAUGCAGUAAAUAGAAACAUUGAUAAAGUGAAUAGUGAAUGAAAAUCUUACGAAUAAAUGAGUAAAAGCAUAAAGCAGAAAAAUAAACUAAUUUAAAGCCAUUUUAUAAAAAAAUUUGUUCUAAAAGCUUGUCUGAUUCCCAAUGGAAGUUUUAUUGUGGAGCUUUUGCUGGAGACAGAAGCAUGAAUGAGAGUUUUUGUAUCGCUGAAUGAAAGAAAUUAUCUAAUACUCCUAAUUUGACCCGUAGCUGAUUUGGUGAUAUGUCUCAAGUGAUUUCUGGCCUCAUGGGUUCGCAGGAAGCUCUGGGAAACACCAUCACCUCAGUUUUGACAUUGUUCAGCAUUAAGAAGUUUCUGGACAUCCAAGAUCUUGAGGCUGCAAGACAGGCUGUGAGUUAGGUAACAGGCGAGAGAGGGUCUGGUGGAAAAUAGUGUAUCGUCAGCAUAAAAUAGAAAGAAAUAUUGGACUUGAUCCAGUAAAGGGCCAAGAAUAGACCCUUAGGAACACCGCAGGGGAUAUUUGCGCAGCUAGAGGAGACUUACCCAACUGAUACAGAGGUUCUGUCACUUAGGUAAGAUUUAAACCAGUCUAGAGCAGUCCCAGUCACACCUUCCCAGUUCUCCAGUCGACCAGUUAAUAUCCCUUAAGAGAAUAAAACGUCACUAAACUUUUAGAAGUGCACUUUCUGUACGAUGAUGAAUUAAAAAACAAACUGAAACUCCUCUCACAUCAGCCCCAAUAUGUCAGCUUCCUCUCCUGUGUGACCUCCCACAUGAUCUUUUAUGUAGAGUUGUUCCGUUACCAUUAUCGGAAAUUCCCCCGUCUAAAAUAUUUGGUAUUGGCGCGUACGCUCGUCUGCAAACCGAUCGAAUCUUGCUACUUCCUAACAGUGUCCCGUUGACCCAGGAUAGUGAAUUCAUGACCCGUCCUACUCUGAGAAAGGAUUAAACCUGAGCCAGGCCAUACAAAGAUGACAGCAAUCAUAUAAGUUUAGUGGUAUGUAUCAGCUCUCAUUAUCGGCCGGUACACAAAGAAAAAAAAGGGAUCAGAACAUCUGUACUUUUAUGUGAUUGGUCACUCUGCUCGCGGCGUUGGCGUCUGGAUCUCACUGUGUUUUUGUUUCCGUAAAGCCAUGAACCAGCCACUGUGUGUCUAGUAGACAAAAAAAAAGUAAACUCCUUGACCUGUUGACAGUUUAUUGUUAGAAGCUGAUAAAUGUUUUACCCUCUAAUCCCGUGUUUCCACUGCGCGGUACGACUCGACUCUACUUCGUUUUCCACUGCAGAUCAUCACAGCGUCGUUAUUCCAGCAGUUGGGAAACAACACACAGAGCUUCACUUUGGGAAGCUGCGGCCUUUAUUGGUUGACGCACUGUAACCUACACUGUACAUUUACUGCCAGAUCGACAACUUCACUGUUCUCUUUCUCCACUGCACUGCUCGAGUUCACCGUCACUGUCACAGCACUGAGGUACUGUUAAAAAGAUAGGUACCAGGUUUAACCAGGAGAAACCAAAAGAGUGAGUAGAGGCGAGUCGUACCAUGCAGUGGAAGGACGGGUUAAGAUCUGUGUGCAGGGAGGAAAGGUGAUUUUUUCGUCUCUUAAGAGCAACAAGUUUCUCUGAAGCAGUGGACACAAACAGGAAAAUGUAAAAAGGGUCUUGUUUAGCUUCAAAAAGAGGCUUCAGGGAGUUUGGUCGACUGGUCUCUUAAUAAUGAAAGUAUAUAACGAGAGUUAAAUUUAAAUUACAUUUUUAAUGACUCGACUCAUUAAAUAGAACAUUUUAAAAUUGUGCACUUUAAAUAAUAAGUGAGACUAAUUCUAACCAGUUUUCAAGAGUAUUGUCUCAUUUGUCCAUUAAGAUCAAUUUUAAUUUAAAAAAACGCAGAAAAACUACAGAUGAAUCUGCUUUAACAUACGGUGUCUAUUAACACUGUGAUAAUUAAAGUAACCAUUGGACCAAACUGAACCUGUGGAGUCCUUUAAAGGUCCGGUGUGUAACAUUUAGGAGGAUCUAUUGGCAGAUAAUAUUCACAGGUAUGUUUUUAUUCAGUAUAUAAUCACCUGAUAAUAAGAAUUAUUGUUUUUGUUAUCGUAGAAUGAACCAAACACUCUAGAUUGGACCUUUUGCGGCCACCGUAGUUUCUCCUACAAGCUUGAAAAACGUACACAAAUCUUACACUGGUCCUUUAAAGUAUGAGUAAGUAUGAUAGUGAGUUCUCAUGAGGGCUUUUUUUCUUGCAGAUUAAAAAAUAAAUAAUGGAUAAAAAAAAAUGUAAAACUGGUGUCAAUUUUGAAAUAUUUAGCAACUGAUGUUGAAUGAAACAUUUCCCCGUGAUGUGCCGCCCUGCUGUUGUACUAAUACUUGACAUGAUUGUAAAAAAAAAAAAAACACCCCCACCUCUUUCUUUAGUCAAUCGCAGUGCCCUUUAGUCAUUAGUGUUGAAACACUGUUGUGGAGAAUUUUUUUGUUACGGUACUUUUAAAACUAGUGAAAAUCUCUGCUGUCACCUGCUUUGCUUUCCCACUGCCACUAAAAUAGUCUGCCAAAGCUGCAUAUAAGUAAAUGGGAGAGGCUGUAAUGUGUGUGUGUGUGUGUGUGUGUGUGUGUGUGUGUGUUGACAUGAUUUCACUACAACACGAGAACAAAGUCUAGUGUGUCUGUCCGUGUGGUGAAUUACAGAUCGACGUCUAAAUAAGUGGUUAAUGUUGUGGUUACCAGGCGGCUCUACGUUUCGCCUGCUGUACAACCGUCGUACCACUGUCGUACGUGUGUGUCUUCAAAGGUUAACGGCGGUAACACGAUGAACAAGCACACAGUUUAUUUCAACCUGAUUGUUUCUGAGUCUAGCUGUUAGCCGUGUCGAGGUGGUUUGUAACUAAAAGUGUUCAUUGGAGCAACUACAUUGACGUGGUGAUGGGUAGAAACGUGAAUAUCCACAGUUUCUAUGUGUGUGAACACUUUACAGCUGCCUUUUUGCAGCGUAUUAGCCGAGUGAAAUGUGUUUCUAACAAUAGAAAAUUGAUUAUUAUUAUGAUAAAUACCAUGUUUGAUGAAAUUAAUUCGAAUUUUGACAGCAUCAAGAUAAAAUAAAUGAAGAUUUUUCACUAAAUUAAAGUGAUUACUUGUCAAAAGGCAAAUGUAAAGUGUUAAAAACCUCCUCUCACUUUAAAACCAUAACAUUUGUAUCAUAUAAAUUGUAAUAUAUGAGGAAAGUAGUUGGUUUGGCUGUAUAGUGUAUUUCAACUGCAGCAGUUUUAUUAGCCUUUAUAACUUGAUGAUCCUGCAUUUGUUUUUAUUUUGUAUAAAUCCAUUUUUAUUGCUUCAUGAUGGAUGAUUUUAGUUCAUCUGUCGAAGGCUUUACACUCACACAAGUUCACUUUGUCAUUUUUACCAGGGAUGGUGAAUGUAAUGUCUUUGUUUCUUGGUCCAAAAGACUCAACUUUCCUAUAAAAACAAGUUUAAAACUAUUAGAAUUAUCAGGUUCUUUUGCUAGUAGUUAUUUAUAUUAGUUUUCAGGUGUGAUUGUUUUAUAUUUUUUACUGUAGGAACAUUUAAGAUCCCGUUUAUUUCCUCCAGCUGCAAUGAGAUAUUUUUAAAAAAACAACUUGCGACCAGAGACCGUUGAAGUCGUCCCUGGUUUAACUGACAAAACAUUUAGUUUGUGUGAAGAGAAUUUAAAAGCUGUGUGUGUGUGUGUGUGUGUGAAUGUGUGAGUUUUAUCCGAUGUUGUUUCCUUUCACUGCACUUGACUUGCAUUUUGUACCAACACUGAGCCACUCUGCUGCAGAUGUUGAUAAUUCACCUGUUUUAACCGAGUUGUUGGAGCCACACUGUUCACGUUGUCAGUCGCACAUUAAAACCAGAUCACGUCAUCGUCACUGAGCGUCUGCCAUCUUAAAUCCACCGUCUUAAAGCCUUGUUAAACUGUGGCUCCUUUGGUGUUAACAGUGUUUUGUGUGGUUGAUGUAAAACGACAGACGCCACAGCUCAGUUCUCAGAAGAAAAGAGAAAAAAAAAUAAAAGAUGAAAACCUGUUGGAUCGACUUGACAGCAGUUUUGUGGAUUAUAGCUGUGUAAUAAUAAGGAACAAGCGUCUGCUUGUGAAAUCAAAAUAAACCAACUGUGCUGUUUGAA